AUGUCAAUGGAUUCUGUUACAAACGAGCCUUAUUUAGCAUUUUCGUUCGACGCCACGGGCUGCCCCUCCGUGCGGCAAGUUCACUUAAAGCCGUCGCUACUAUCGGCUAAAUUUUCGUCUGGAGCCAAGCAAUCGCCAGUGGUGCGGCUAGCCGUCAAGCCGCGAUUGGUGGCCGUCCGUGCGCAAGCCGCUGGCGGUGAAUCCGAUGGAGGGAAGAAGCAGGUCGAGGUGUCGUACAGCCCGCAGCGGCGCAUGGAGGAGUACGCGCAGGAGACGGACCCCACGCGCGAGAAGCGCGGACCCGGCGCGCUCACGCUCUUCUCGCCCUCCAAGGUGAACGUGUUUCUGCGCAUCACACGCAAGCGCCCCGACGGCUAUCACGAGCUCGCCUCGCUCUUCCAUGCGAUCAGUCUGGGCGACACGCUCAAGUUCUCCUUCUCGCCCUCCAACACCCGUGACGCCCUCACCACCAACGCACCGGGCGUGCCUCUCGACUCCUCCAACCUCGUCAUCAAGGCACUGGACCUCUUCCGCCGCAAAACAGGAAUCCAAAAGUACUUCUGGGUGCAUCUGGACAAGAAGGUGCCCACAGGAGCCGGGCUGGGUGGCGGCAGCGGCAACGCAGCAACGGCGCUGUGGGCAGCGAACAGGAUGUGCGGCAACGUGGCGAGCGAGGCGGAUCUGCUGGAGUGGUCGGCGGACAUCGGGUCCGAUAUCUCCUUCUUCUUCUCCCAGGGUGCUGCUUACUGUACCGGCCGCGGGGAGAUAGUGGAGGACGUGACGCCCAUUCUGCCUCUCGACCUGCCCCUGGUGCUCAUGAAGCCGCCUGAAGCCUGCUCCACUGCUGACGUCUACAGGAAGUUUCGUCUGGACAGGGCGAGCAAGGAGGAUCCGGGAGUGCUGCUGGAGCGAGUGCGGCAGGAGGGCAUCACCCAGGCCACGUGUGUCAACGACCUCGAGCCCCCGGCGUUUGAGGUGCUGCCAUCGCUCAAGUCGUUCAAGACGAGAGUGGCAACUGCUGGUCGAGGCCGCUACUCAGCUGUCUUCAUGUCCGGCAGUGGGAGCACCAUAGUGGGAGUGGGGCACCCAGACCCGCCCGAGCUCAUCUAUGACGAUGAUGCCUACGCCAAUGUCUUUGUAUCAGAGGCACGCUUCAUCCUGAGGCAACCCGGCGACUGGUACCACCCAUACCCUGCAGGGGAGGGCAGUGCAGGGGCUACCUUGGAUCGGCCCGAUGCAGCAGCAGCCAUGGGGUCAUACGAGCCUGGCAAACCCGCCUCUGGUGUCGCAAACCUAAACGAGCUCAAGCUUCCCUUCUCCUACGAAGCUUGA